AUGGGGGAGGAAGAGAAGGAAAGGGAGAAAGGGGAGAGGGGGGAAGGAAGGGGGAAAAGGAAAGGGGAGAGAAGGAAGGGGAAGGAAAAGAAGGGAGAAAAAAAGGAAAAAAAAAGGGGGGGAAAGGGGAGGGAAAAGGGGAGGAAGGGGGAAGAGAGGAAAGAGAAGGGAAGAAAAAGGGAGGGGGAAAAGAGGGGGGGGGAAGGGAAGAAAGAAGAGAGAAAGAAGAAAGAGAGGGGGGGAAGGAAGGGGAAAGGAAAAGGGGGAAAAGGGGGGGGGAAGAGGAGAGGGAAAGGAGGAAAGGGGGAAAAAAGAGAAAGGGGAAGAAAAAAAGAAAAAAGGGGAGGGAGGGAGGGAAGGAGGGAGGGAGGAGAGAGAGAAGGGGGGGGGGGAAGAAAGGGGAAAAGAAAAAAGAAGGGAGAAAAAGGGGGAGGGAAAAGGGAAGGAGGGGAAGAAAAGAGGGAGGAGGGAAAAGGGAGGAGAGGGGGAGGAGAAAGAAAAGGGAGAGAAAAAAAGAAAGGGGGAAGGGGGGGGGGGGAGAAAGAAGGGGGGAAGGGAAAGGGGGGAGAGGAAAAAAGAAGGGAAAGAGGGGGGAAAAAGGGGAGGGGGGGAGAGGGAAAAAGGAAAAGGGGGGGGGAAGAAGGGGAGAAAGGACAAAAAGGAAGGGGGAAAAUAAAAGGGAAGAGGGAAGAGAGGAAAGAAAGGAGAAAGAAAGGGAAGGAGAGAGGGGGAGGAGAGGAGAAAGAGAGAGGGAGG